GUUCUGAAACAACCUCUACUUCGACUUCGCAAGCUAAUGAACAUUCAGCAACCGUAGCACCUAAAUCACCAACUAUAACCUUUCAACAGCCGUCUGAAACACUUUCUAUGGUCACUUCUCAGUUGCAACCCAUGACAUUUGAAACUCAACAGUCUGCUUCAACUACAAAUCACCGUUUUGGUGAUUCGGAAACACUUACUCACAGAUUAGAUCUCACACGUCAAUAUGUUUUAAAUGUUAUUAAACGUUAA